AUGGGAGGGAUUGGGGAUGCUGCGGGAAUCGCCCGCGUACUGCAUGAAAAGUUUGGCAGCGACGUGGCGACAUUGAAUCGGCUCCUGCGGCAGCGCAUUGGCGCCCGCGGCAGACGAUUUACCCAUGACCACCCCGACACCUUCAUGUACAUUGAGCGCAGCAAAAACCUCAAUGUGGUUGCCUACACCGCGAAAAUGCGUGACGCGGCGACACAGGAGUCUGUGCCGUCGGGUGCUGGCCGACGUUGCGUUGUGGACCCUGACGCCCCUGUUCACGCCUAUUUCAUCACACUCGAGCCCUCCGCGAUUGAGGCACGGCGGAAGAAGGGCACCCAGGGCGAUAUUAGUGAACUCAAUUUUUUGCAGCGGACCCUCGCAUACGGGUGUAAUGCGAAGCCAUUAAAGGAGCCAUCAGAAGCAAAGGAGGAUGUGAAGUCGUGGUUCAGGUACUUCGCACCACUGAGUGUCACUUAUGUUGCAUUGUCGAAGUGGUCUGCGCUUCUGCUGGUGCUGCCCCCACUCACCGAAGGCACUGAUACAGAAACGAGCGCGCAGGAAGCGACCGACACCGCCGUGGUCCUCCUCGCCGGUGUGAACGGCGUGCUGAGUGUCGUUCAGCGCGUGUAUGUGAGCAGCACGGAGCCAAAACACUUCUAUCAGCUCCCCACGGUCAACUACAUUGAAUUGUUUGCUGUCGCACUCGACUCUGGAGAGGCCGUGUAUGAAAAGAGGGAAAAAUAA